AUGGCGUCGACCACCGUGGCCGACUGCUCGGCCCAGCCAUACUGCACGGCGCCCGGACAGAAGCUAGCCUACAAAAACCAGUUUGUCGUCCAAUGGAAUAACCAGCUGCCGCCUCUCACUACCGAAUCGCUAGUCACCGUCGCUGUGUACAGUAUCUACGACCCAAAUACCCCCAUAUACCAGACUACCGGUGUCUCCAACCUCAAUGGCCAAAUUACUUUAAAGCCCGACGCAUCGUGGUUCUCGCGCUACACCGGCAACAACAAUGCCACUGGCGAGGACCAGCCCAUAUUUUUUGCCGCCUAUCUGCAAGGAAACGACCCACCACCGCUCAGCUCCAUGCUGCGCCUGCAGUUGACUGCCACGCCCGAGCAGUAUCGCGAAAUACAGGCUGUGCUCAACCCUGUUACCACACUGUCUAAUAUUUCGCCUGAGAUAUUACCUUCGUCCGCGCCGUCUACUGCAUCGACCAUGGCCAGCAGCAGCAGCAGCACAAACAGCAAUAGUAACAGCAACAUCAGCAAUAUUAACAGCAGCAGCAGCAGCAAUAACAGCAUUAUCAAUAUCAGUUUGUCCAAAGGCGAAGAGUCUGCAUUCACAGGCACAAUGGUUAGCGACGUCGACACAUCGAGCGCCAACGACAGCAUGUCGACAAACGUCGACCCGUUCACAUCAACAACAACAUCUAUGGUAACAACAUCAGUCACCGUGUCGACGCAAAGCACGCUCACAGCAACUCCAACCGAACCAGCUGACGCCAACGCCCGCGGCCGCCACGGGCUCUCUGGAGGCGCCAUCGCCGGCAUCGUCAUCGGCAGCCUCAUCGGCUUGCUUCUCAUUCUGCUUUUGCUUCUGCUGCCGCUCUACCGCCGGCGACAGCGGCGGCAGCACCUCCUCGCAAAGUCUGAUGAGAUGUCGGCCGCUGGCACCAGUACGUCAAUGUCGGCCUUUGCCGGCAACGGCCGCGAGUCCGCCGCUACGUCUCCGCUCGCCCUGGCUGCUGGCGCAACCGGAGCCGCUGCGACGCUUGGCUUCAACGAGAAGCGCAUUUCGCCGAGCGACCUUCCGCUGCUGCUGGCCGGCAAGCCCAAUAACAGCUUCACGUCGCACGACAGCUCGCUCGCUGAUCAGAACGCCAACCAGGUUUCCACCACAGCCUACCAGCCGCUGACCCUGGAGUCGCCCCGAAUCCUGAUGAACAUGCCGCAGUCGACGCGCUCACGCCCGCUGGAGCCGUCGCCGCUGCGGUCGCCCGACCCAAUCCUCAGCUCCGACGAUGCGCGCCAGAUCGGUGACAGCUUCCGCGACGCUCUGCGCAAGCCGCCGUCCUCCGAGGACGACAGCGAGGAGCCGCGCGGCCGCGACAGCAUGCUGCAGGAGCUCGACGAUGAGCUCGGCGAGGAGGAGGACCCAGGAUGGCGCGAACGCGUGGCCAGCGCCCGCAUGCACAGGGAGCUUGAGCAGGAGGCCUCGGUCAUCCGCAGUGUCGCCAUGCGCGCCCACGGCAGCGACUACUCGCAGUCGCGCCCCGCCACGUCGCAGUCUGAAGACUCGGCACCAUCGCCACUGUCACCAAACUAA